CCUCGCUACUUGCCUAUGGCAUACGGUUGAGUUUCCUUACCUUGUAGCUUAACAAGUUAGAGUGAAGUUUUAUGCCAAUAAAGUUAAGCCCGCAACGUCUUCAGUGAUAUAACUGCGAAGACACUGUACGCGUUACACCAGAGAUCAUCAUCAUGGGAAAACAGAACAGCAAGCUGCGGCCCGAAGUGAUGCAGGACCUGUUGGAAAGCACUGAUUUCACUGAGCAUGAGAUCCAGGAAUGGUACAAGGGUUUUCUGAGGGACUGCCCCAGUGGAAAUCUCUCAAUGGAGGAAUUCAAGAAGAUAUAUGGAAACUUUUUUCCUUAUGGAGAUGCCUCUAAGUUUGCAGAACAUGUUUUUCGCACGUUUGAUGCUAAUGGUGAUGGCACAAUAGACUUCCGGGAGUUUAUCAUUGCUCUGAGCGUGACAUCACGGGGAAAGCUUGAGCAAAAGCUGAAAUGGGCUUUCAGUAUGUACGAUCUGGAUGGCAAUGGGUACAUUAGCAAGUCUGAGAUGCUGGAAAUUGUACAGGCCAUUUACAAGAUGGUAUCCUCAGUAAUGAAGAUGCCCGAAGAUGAGUCAACACCAGAGAAGAGAACAGAAAAAAUCUUCAGACAGAUGGACACAAACCGCGACGGCAAACUGUCACUGGAAGAGUUUAUUAAGGGAGCAAAGAGUGACCCAUCCAUUGUGCGGCUGUUGCAGUGUGAUCCCAGCAGUGCAGGCCAGUUCUGAUUGCGGGACCUCAUCUCAGAUGCCCGUCACCCCAAAUUCCACGAAAAUGUAUUUAUGUUUUAGUUUUAAUUUUCAGUUGUUAAUUGCUACAGUAUACCUCCCUUUUCUCCAGACUGUUUGUAUAACUGGGACUGAUUCCUAAUGUAUGUCUAUGCCUAUGUUUGGGUUUCUGGCAGCCGUACUCUAUCAACUUUUUCAUUGCGUGGCAACUUGCAAACCGUUAAGACUCAGUCUUGUAGAUAUGUUGUUAGCCAAAGCUAAUUGACUGUGUUUGCACUCUAAAUUGGGAUCCGUAGAUGAAUGUGAAUGACAGCCAAGCACUGUUGAAGAAAAUAACGUUGAUAGCUUUUAGUUUAUUCAAAAAGGAGACUUUGUAGGAUUUGUUUUUAGAUUAAAUGAAAUUUUAUUGAGGAAGUAUUAACAGGAAACAAUGGCUCACACCUGUGUGCAUAAUCAUUUAAGUGCAAAUGCUCCAGCUAAAGAUUACAAGCAUUUUCAUAUUCAGACAGGGAUAUAUUACAAAAGUAGUGAUGUGGUCCAGAAAACAUAUACAUGUCAUAUGUUGCCCAGUCAUUGUUGCCAUUGUUACAAUACCCUUAGGCAACCUUGCAACAUUUGUUUUUGUCCAGAGUUUCAUUUAUUUUUUUGCCAAGACCUUGUAUUAUUAACAGGAGACUUGACCUUCUUUGUAGUCUUCUUCAGGAUGUCCCAAAGACUUUCAAUGAAGUCAAGACUCUGUGGUGGACAAUUCAUUCCCUAAACCUCUCUUUUUGCUAGGGGACCUACUGUAUACAUUUGACUUUGGAUAGUUGGAUAAGUCCCAUUCACUUUUUAAUAUUAUCAGUUAGGACCUUACCACUUUGAGUUUUUAUAGGUACUUCCAUAUCAAAUCCAUUCCACUUUACUUUGUUAAGGGAAUACCCAGAUGAAUGAAGAUCCAUGCCACGUUUACACCACAACCUUGUGUCCCAGCAGAUUUCGACUGCACCCACAACACAGGUUAAGAGCGUAAGCACAGAGCACAAGCUAUGAACACAAGUAGUGCUAAUUGAGAAGGAUGGCUAGUAACACUUCAUUCAUUGGAUUAAAAGAAGAGAGUUUUGGUACAAAUAACAGAAGGACCACUUACCAAAGUCCAUAGCACUGUAGGUUAUAAACAUUAAACAUGGCCAAGGAAAAGUGAAUGGGGAAACACAAUGGCACUGUUAAUGUAAAGACUGCCUUAUUCUCCUCAAUUAGCCUAAGCAAUGGCUGAUUCAAGUAACAUUUCCAUUGCCACUAUACCUGUCAUUUAGUAUGAGAUGUUGGCAGUUGUCUAAAAUAGGAUUGCCUUUUUACGAUAACGAUAAGCAAAGUAGCCCAUGCCUAUCUGCGUGCAGUGUUUCAGUCUAGGCAACAAAGAAAUGCUAACGUUAAUCUGAAUAUUUAAAUCGUGGCUUUUACCCUUCUGCAUAGUUAUGGACAUGUUAGGAUAUGAAAGAGAGCAUGUGAAGCAAUGCACCCUUCAUGUACAGUACAGCACUGUACAAGCCUCUGGAGACCUUUUUAUAAUAUGGGGUUGGCUCAUCAUUAUGCCAUCAAAAGAUUUCAGAUGACAACCUAAAUGUUCCAAAUGACCAGGUAAUCCCAUGUUUUUUUCUUCCCUGACGGCAGAAGCAUAUUCCAGAAUGACAAUGUCACAAUUAAUUCAUCUGGCUCAAAUUAUGGGAAAGCGGAUCACUGCCUUUAAAGUCAUUGUAAGUCUUUGGGACAUACUGGAGAAGCCCAGUGGUUCACCUUUCCUGUCAUCUUGACAAGAUCUUGAUACAACGUGAAUGCAACUCUAAAUGGAAAUUAAUGUUUCAUAACAUUGCCAAAACAAUGGCAUGGCAAAUGGGCACUCUAAUCAAUGCUAAAGAGGGUCCAACUAAAUAUUACAGUGUGCAACUUUUGUUUUGGUGAUGCAGUGCACGUUAAUGCCUCAAUUACUGUAAGUCUGUUUAGUCAGCUGUGAUAUACUCGCAUGCCCCUGAAUGGGAAUGUGCUGUAGAUGCAGAGACAGUUGGUUAGAUUUGUAGGGAUUAUAGAAUUGAUAGAAUCUCUUAUAUCUCAUAGAUGCUUAGGUUAUGUUUACAUGGCAUAUUUUUACCUGUAUCUAUUUUUUUUGUUGUUGAUUCGAUACACCCACAUAAAAGUAUGACUCAAAGCCAAUCUAUACAUUUAUACAAGUCUGAAAUUGACCCUUAAAAAAACUAGUGUUCUAAGUGUCGAAGGCACUGCUGUCAUGGUUGCACAUGGGUUUUUGGACAAACACGACCCAAGAGCCAAAACCAGCAGUAAUGUGUUUUUUUUAUUAUAUAAUUUUUUAUGUUUUUUUGUUGCAUGUCAUAGAUAGCAUGGUGCAUUUGUUUAAGUCAUGCAGCACAAGAGAAAGAAAGUUUUGCCUGGGUGUGUGUAGCAGUGAUUUUUUAUGGCUGAAAUUUUAGAAUGAUGUCCAUGGAUAGAGUGCAACGUUUCAUUAUUAGUGAUAUAAAAAGCCUUGAUAAUGUGACAAACCAGGAAUUAUGUGGGGAAACAUUUGAUUUGAUUUGACAGUUUAUGCACAUACAAACACUUUGCCUACCACUGACACACAAAUGACUUUGGAAUUUCAUGUACCUCCAAAUCCUCAUCUGUGUGGAUACACAUCAGUUGCAUGAAUUCAUAUCAGAUUCAUAUGCAUUACCUCAUGUGAAUGUCCACAGCUCGGAUAUGAAGAUAUCCGGUUGCUUCUGUCCUGUUUACCCUGGCAUGACUUAUGAUCAGUGUCAUUUGUGAGCAAAAAAUUGGAGUUGGGUAACAUUUACCAUGCAGUGUACAGUAAAUAGCCUUAGUUAUCUUGUCUUGAGAAUGCAUAUGCUUGAAAGUGCUUUUUACGCAGUACAUACAGGUUUGAUUACCUAUAGGCUAUGUAUCGUUUAAAACUGUUAACAUAUUUCACCCUUGCCACUCUGAAGGAUAAUGAAAGAAACAUUUUACUUUUUCCUAUGCUCAAAUAUGAAAAAUGUCAAUGCAGAGGCAGAACAACAGAUCUUUUAUUCAUGCUUAAAUUACUAUUUUAGUGUAAGAAGACUGAAGUAUGUUUAUGAAAUAGCCUAACUUUGGGAUGUGAACUCAUAUGAGUUUGUGUGGGUGUACAUUUGUUUGUUCAUGUUAAGUUGUUGUAAUCAGGUGUUGGUAUGCCGACCAGAGGACAAUAAGAAGUCAAAAGACAAAACAAUCCCAUUCCUUUGAAGUGCAUUUUUGUUGCAUGUGCUAUUGAAAUAUUGUUUGUACAGAUUUGUUUUUGUAAGGUAUUUGAAAGAGAUAUUUAGUUGUUUUGAUUGCAACGCAGGUUAGUAUGCUGAGAUGCCACUCUGCAACAUCCUUAUUUACUACUGGGGGACAUGGCAGAACAGCUAAAACAAAUCACAGCCCCAUGUGUUCUACAACUAGCCUAUGUUUCACAGAGAAGAGGAAUUAAAGCCAAUUUCACUUCUCUGUGAAAUCAAAUCAGAAGCUGCUUUUGGGGUUACAAAUACCUUUGCAGAUUGCAAAAUAUAGGAUUUUCAUCUGACAUUAUUAUCUGAAUUCAACACCCUGUUGGAUUCUGUGAUAUUCAAGUUAGUUAGGUUGUUCAUAGGUGACGUGUACAUCCUUGACAAAUUUGUAAAGAGUUGAGCACUGGUAUUAAAGAGCCACGAUCAAAUACAUUUGCAUUUAAUUCCAGUUUAUCUCUUAGGUCAUUUCAUUUUGAUUUGUGUUAUUUCGUUGCAAGAUAUUAUUCUGUAGGCCACAAUUUUCCAGAUAAUACCCCAUUGCUUUCUCAAAUAAUAGGCAGAGUUCCGCACACCAACUCUUACCACUAGGUUUAGGGGAUAAUGUCAUAUGCAUAUUGUUUGCCAACGUUCGGCUUCUCUAAGGAAAUUGCGAAAAAGUGAAAAUACGUAAAGAGAACCCAUGUAGAAAAAAAGCAAUUGGUAAUAUUAAUGGUAAUGUAACUUUUAUUUAAUAAAUUCAAAACCUGUAAAGGUCUGGGUGCCCAAGUCAGAGGUCAGCAGGUUUAACAGAAAUAACAGCCUGCAAAUGAUCAUUUGGAGAUACCCUGUCAGCCUCCUUAUCAUUGAUCAUAAAUAUCCACCCACUCUUCCUUGUUUAGGGUGUCUUCCAUGCACAGUAGGCUUUAAGAUUUUCUCUAUGAUCUGUGAUGAUUUUAUUUUUUUUCUCAUUGUCUUCCAGACUUCAGGUUCUUGACUGCAUACAAUGCACAUCCAGGAUAUAUAUGUAUGACAAUAGUACAAAUGCGCAAAUCAGCUGAGGUCUGCAUACUUAAAGGAGAAUUCCGGUGUGAUAUUGACUAAAAGUGUGUUGAAACAUGAUACCGAGUGUGAGCGUUUGUCUCAGAGCUGAUCUCGACCUACCCCCUGCACUCAGAAAUCUGCCGCUCGUUAGCCGAUGCUAGCAACAGGUUUUCACAAACUAAAUUCAAGAUGGCGGCGAACUGAAAACUUUUGGAAGUGACUGCCUGAAUAAUCAGUCAUGUAAGUAAACCACCAGUGCUUUUUCAAAGUUCUCGAUGUCUCGUUUUAAAUGUCAGGGCCCUCAGAAGUCUACCAAUAAAGUGUGGAGCUACUUUGAGCCUCAUAAAUGGUGUAAAACAGUUUACAAUUAUUUGCAUGGCUAAGCCGAUGUCGAGGCAUUCCCAUUGAAAACCUGUUGCUAGCAUCAGCUAAGGAGCGGCAGAUUUCUGAGUGCAGGGGGCAGGUCGAGAUCAGCUCUAAGACAAACGUUCACACUCGGUAUCAUGUUUCAACACACUUUAAGUCAAUAUCACGCUGGAAUUCUCCUUUAAUCAUAGUUGAGUUCAAGUAGGCUAUGGGUUAUUUUCAUUACCAUCAUGCUUUCAAACACACAUUUGCCUCCCUUGUCCACAUGUGCUAAUAUUCCUGGCUUGUAUAACCAUUUUGAAAGUACACUAGAUCAUCGUGAAUUACAUGACAGAAAUGUUUUGAUUUUUUUGCUGCUUUUUUGCUCAGAAGACCCCAUGUUUGACAUGUUAGAUAAUUUAAUUUUCCUCAGAACUAUCAUAAUUGGCCAAUUCUGAAUCGCAAGUUUUUAUCUAAAAUGCAUGUACAUUUGAAUUAGUUUUUGACUGUUUGCUAAAGGGGUUGUUUGACUCAUUUCACUCAGAUGCAGGUGUCUUGCCCUGGAAUGUUCAAACUUUGAUGCCCAAACUUCUAAAUCUAUAUGUUGUUGGAUGUGGCCGAGUUACCUGAGUAGCUUAUGAGGGACGAGAAAGUAUUAUGAUACUCUCAGUUGCACAAAAAUGCUUUACAUUUUGAGAUGCUAUUUGUAUAACUUUGAGAGUGCAUGAUAAAAGCACAGAUGAUAAACUGCAGUGACUUAAUGGUGUAUGCUUUUGUUUUAUUAUUACAAAUAGCUAGUAUAAUUCUAUAUUGCACACAUCUGGUGCCAAAUACAAAACAGUAUUGUAACAGAACUGUACAUUGUACAAUAGUCAUUUGUUGAAAAUGUUUGUAAUUGUUAUAUUUUGUAGAGUUUGUAUGGUCCUGUUUUUUAGAUUUGAAACCUUGUACUCUGUACUCUGGUGUGGGUAUCAUGUUUGAUUAAUGAAUUUAUUAAAUUCCCAAUUGUUUUGUGCACAACAUACAA